AUGGACCGGAAGAAUGAGUCUUAUAGCUCUCGUUCUGGCGACAGUCAAGGUAGCGGAGUGAGAAUGUCCACUUCCUUUCACAGUGGAACUCGCCUCACUCUGCCUUUCUACGGCCAGAGCACUGACUCCAUCGUCGUAUACGUCCUUACACUCGUUGUGUUUUUCUUCCUUGCCUGUUGGAACAGAUACUUGGUCGCCGUCAGGAAUAAACUUGAGAACAAGAUCAUCAAAGCGCGUGCCCUUGAGUCCCUCGGAAGACUUCCUCCCCACCGACGCAGAGCUCGCUUCAAUGCUCGCCUCAGUCCUCUUCCAAGAUUCGUGCGGAUCAACAGGGAGAAUCAUGCUCACGCCGACGACGAACCAGUCGAGAUGCUCGCACACCACGCUGAAUGGGUGGGCAGUCAUGGAUCCACCACUGAUAACCUGUCCCCGAUUGAGUCGACCGUACAGAAGUCGGUGUCGUACUACGUCUGGAUGCGGGCUUUGGUGGGCUUCUCAGGGCGUUUAUUGUGUUUGUCUUGGGUGAUGGGUCUUAAUAUCGGUGUUCUCUGUGUCGUACUCGCAGGAAUCCUCGCAGGGGAGCUCCUCAAAGGAUGGGUACAUGCGCCAGCACUCAACUUGAACCGCUCCAUCGCGAUGAAGCUGUCGCAAUACCAGCGGGCAGCGCAGAUCCUGCUCUCUCUUGCAAUACCAGUCGCGUCGCAUGAUCCAAACGGAAGACCAGGGCACGGGCUCACUGGCUAUGGCAUCUCCAUGUAUAAGCCCGUCUGCGCUUAUGCGUGUCGUGCCUCGAUUACAAACCCUCUGAAUUGCGACACCACAGGAGGUCAUGACAUGGCUAUGGAUGAGGCCGGGUUGGCAAUGGAUACUCCGAGCCCUGCGUGCUAUGCGAACAAUGAUCCCUUCCUUCAAACACUAGCCUACUGCAUGUACAUCCACUGUGCUGAUGUAUCUGUCUCAGUUCUGGAGAAUUACUGGGAGUUGAACGUGGCCGGUAGACUACAGCAUCAACCUAGCCCGAAGGAGUCCUAUCAGGAAGCUCUUGGAAGCCUUGCCAGACCGCCAACUACAAUACUUAACACAUCCGCGGUUCUUGAUGUGGUUUCUUUGGUCGAGGAAGAGACCUUAGUCCUCCUUCUCACCGGUGCAGUCAUCCCAAUCGUCUCUUCUCUAAUCCGUUUCGUACCACUUCCGGCCGCUUUGGGAGUAUGGUUCAAGGCAGUCUUCAUCGAUCCUCCUUUUGCCCUCUUCAUUGCGUAUCUGUCAACAAUUAACAUAAUAUUGUGCGCUGUCGGGUUCCGAUCUGCUAAUCCAAGCACCUGGUUCGCGUCCAAGCACGACGAAAUUCUCAAUUACGUGGCAAAUCGCAUCGGUGUGCUCAGCUUUGCGAAUAUUCCCUUGCUGGUGCUAUACACCGGUCGGAACAACUUUCUCCUCUGGCUGACUGAUUGGUCGCAUUCAACCUUUCUCUUGCUCCAUCGCUGGCUGGCGUUCAUCUGCACUCUCGAAGCUUGUCUGCACUCGGCGAUAUAUCUGCAUAUUGCCAUCGCCAACAAUGAGCACAGUACCGAAAGUAAGCAGGCAUUCUGGAUUUGGGGCGUCGUGGCGACUUUGGCGAUGGCCGUCUUGAUCCCGUCAUCCACAUGGCCAAUCCGGAAACGUUUCUACGAGUUAUUCCUGGCUUGGCACGUCGUCCUGUCCUUCCUUGCUCUUCUUGCGUGCUACUUGCAUAUUUGGUACCGGUACGGACAUCAAUGGGGCUACGAAACCUGGAUCUAUGUGGCGUUCGGUAUCUGGGCGUUUGAGCGGGUAUUUCGGGUAUUGAGGCUGGCACGGCAUGGGAUUCGGAAGGCUCAUGUCACUGUCCUGGAUGAUGAGUAUCUCAAAGUUGAAGUUCCUGGUGUACAUGCGCAGGGCCACGUAUACCUCUAUUUUCCCACUCUGACGUGGCGGAUCUGGGAAAACCACCCCUUCUCCGCGAUUACCCGUUUCCGACGCGAGGACAGCACGGAGAAGAAGAUCGACGUCGUGCCGCAGGAUGUCAAGAGUGGAUAUCUGUCGAAGAACGGUACUUCGGUGACGACGUUUCUUGAUUCGGACAAGCCGCUUUCUACAUCCUCGUCGCAGGACCUGGCCACCGAGGGAUCUUACCAACCAUGCCUCACGUUCUUCGUACGCACCCAGUCUGGAACAACGCGACACCUAAGUGCGCGGUCUCAACUCCCGGUUUUAGUGGAAGGAUCAUAUCCCCCAUCUCCCCUGGUCAGUCAUCACUGGACAAAUCAUCCCAAUGUCAUCGCCAUUGCUGGAGGAGUCGGGAUCACCGCUCUGGUCCCGGAUUUGUGCAGCCACCGCGGAGGACAUACGUUAUUCUGGGCUUGUCGCAGCAAAGCAUUGAUUGAGUCUGUCCAAGAGACGGUUGGAAACGCUUGCUGGCAUGAUAUGAAUGUGCGGACCUACCAUGACCGGCGAAUGGAUAUCCCGACGCUGUUGACAGAAGAGGUUCAGAAGUAUCACGGUGUGCCGGUUUGUGUUGUUGUCAGUGGGCCGGCGAGGAUGGCGGAUGAGGUUCGACAUGUCGUUUCGGAGAUGAUUAGACAGAAUCCGUCUUUGCUUGUUUCUUUCGUGGAGGAAUCUUUUACUUGGUAG